UUUUUCUUCUCCUGCUUGGCAGCCUACACUGAGUGCUAUCUCCUAGCAGCCAUGUCAUAUGACCGCCAUGCAGCAAUUUGUAACCCACUSCUUUAUUCAGGCACCAUGUCUGCUUCUGUUUGCAUUGGGCUUGUUGCUGGUUCCCACAUAGGAGGCUUUCUGAAUGCCAUAGCCCACACUGCCAACACCUUCCGCCUGAGUUUCUGUGGUAACAAUGUCAUYGACCACUUUUUAUGUGAUGUUCUACCAUUGGUAAAAAUGUCCUGCACAGACACUCGGGUCUAUGUCAUAAUCCUUUCCAGUAUGGUUGGCUUCACUGUCCUCUCCUGCCUUCUGGCCAUCCUCAUCUCCUACUUCAACAUCCUCCUGGCCAUCCUGAGGAUCCGUUCAGCCUCAGGAAGGCGCAAGGCCUUCUCCACCUGUGCUUCCCACCUGGUCUCUGUCAUGCUCUUCUAUGGAUCCUUGCUCUUUGUAUACUCAAGGACCAGUGCCAACUACUCCGUGGAGAGUGACAAAGUGGCUGCCCUGUUCUACACCAUCAUCAACCCAUUUCUCAACCCUGUCAUCUAUAGCAUCAGAAACAAAGACGUCAAAGAGGCCUUUAGGAAAACUAUACUGUCCAUAGGACCACAAGCUUGA